CAAACAAACCCUUAGUAUUUGGAGGUCGAUGUGGAGCUCCGGCGAGUGGUGGGUGAUCAAGAAGGAUUGGUGAUGGAGUUCCAGCAAAUUUAACAUAUAAUUUCUUUAUAACGACAAGGGUAGAUCUGACAAUAACCAUUAAUGGAGGACAAAUUUGAACCAUUUGCAAAGUUCAGGGCCAAUUUGUACCUUUGCCCUUUAAAUAAAUCCUCUUUCUCUUUGAAUUGGCGAUGAACCCUAAAGAGUUGAAAGGUCAAAUUGAAGUGUCCAGAACAGUUGAAGAUUUGACAUUAUCGGUAUUCCUACGUCUUGGUACGCUUCAAAAUGGAAUUGUGGCGUCGAUCAUUAAGGUUGUAGGUUAGAGAAGGUUGUGAGCAUUUCAACAGCUCACUAAAGUGAGACUAGCCAGUUAUGAUUUAGUCUUAGGAUACAGGGCUUUAUCUGCCGGAUAUUAUUAUAUCUUCCGUCUUUUUCGUACUUCCUGCAGGGCUUUAUUUUAUGUUAUUUUAUGUUAUUUUAUUAUGAGUCUAUUGAUAGUACUAAUAUAUCGUAUCUUGUCGCUUUCUUGAGCCGAGUGUCUCCUGAAAACAGCCUCCGUGCCCCUUGGGGUAAGGUUAAGGUCUGCGUACAUAUUACCCUCCCCAGACCCUACUUGUGGGAUUAUACUGGGUUGUUGUUGUUGUUCUUCUUCUUGUCGUGAGAAUGCAAUUAAUGGAUAUUAAGCUAUGUUAAAUAUCCAGUAGAGGUGUUAGAAAUUCUAAUAGCCACUCUGUUAGCCUGAUAUGGGUAUCUCAAGGCAAAUAAGAUGUAACAGCCCAGCCCGAUAGUGAUAUUAUCCGCUUUAGGUCUAGGCCCUCAUGGGUUUAAAAUGCGUCACCAGGGUCUAAGACUUGUCUACUUAUAUACCUAACAUCUCUCCCAUGUUUUGUCGAUGUGGGAUUCGCCUAGGGUGUCACAUUGGAAUAUCCGUAUACAUUGAUACUAGAGGAGAUAGUUGACUGAAUUCAACUCGAAUGCACCUUUAUUUCUUUUGUUGGUUUGACAAUGUGAAUAGUUUGGAGAUUCCUUACUUUGUAUUAUUGCUUAUUUUCUAUAGGUUCUUGGUGAUUAUUCUUAUAUGAUGCCUCCUAAAGGAAGAAAGAAUCGUCGAAGUUUAGGUCCUGACGUCAUUAGCAACCUUCCUGAUAAUGUAAUCGAUGUCAUUCUGAUGCGUUUGCCUUGUAAAGAUGCUGUGAGAACAAGCAUCUUAUCAAAAAAAUGGAGGUAUCACUGGUGUAGACUUACAAAGUUGAAGCUUGAUGAAUCUCUUUGGAAAACAAAAAAGGAUAAACUAUCCCCUACAGUUAAAUUUACAAAGAUUAUAUAUCAAAUUUUGACCCUUCAUGAAGGACCCAUUAAUAAGUUCAAGCUCGACGUUGUUGAUUCGAAAAGAUGUCCUACGAUUGACAACUUCAUAUAUUUCCUCUCGAGGAAUGACAUUCAACAUCUUGUUCUUCACUUUCCAUGGCAAAAGAUAUACAAAAUGCCUUCUUCACUUUUUGAAUGUUCGCAGCUUAGGCAUUUGACUCUUCAUGAUUGCUCAAUACAUCCUCCAUCAGCCUUUAAAGGAUUUUCAAGUUUAGUUAGCCUGGAAUUGUGUAGGGUCACAAUUUCUUUUGAGUUGCUCGAAAGUUUAAUAAAUCAUUGCCCGUUGCUUGAGCGGUUGGUGUUGCAAGUCUCAGAAAUUUUAAACAUAAUUGAGAUUAAUGCCCCCAUGCUGAAAUCCUUUGAUUUCACAGGCAGUAUAAGUUCUCUCUGUCUAAAGAAUGUCCCUCUUCUGACAAAAGCAUCUCUGCACUUAUAUCAAGGUUCUUCUGUGGAAGCAGAGAACUUUUAUCUUGCAAAAUUUUUCGAGUCUUGCUUUGCUCUCGAGCACGUCAGCUUGUACUUUGGUGACAAGUUUGAUUAUGCAUGUGCAGAUCAAGCACCAACAAGGCUUCCCUUUGAUCAUAAUCGUGUCAAGCAUUUUUACGUGCCUUAUAUGAAUCCGAGGGAAUCAUAUAAGUUGUCAUAUUAUCUUUGCUUGAUAAGAAGCUUCUCAUACUUGGAGUCAUUCGAAACUGAGGUUCUUAAUCUACAUGAUGCUGGUGUUGUAGAAUCGCUUGAACUCGAACGUUUCUCGGAUGUGAUAUUUAAUCACCUCAAGGAAGUUAAGCUAAAAAUCUUUUCAGGAAUGACACAUGAAAUGCAGCUUAUCAAGCUUUUCUUAGCCAAGUCCCCAGUGUUGGUAAGAGUGCUAAUUGAUCCAUCGUACCUAUGUAUCAAAAAUCUCAUAUCUCUUGACAGAAGAUCAGAAAUAUUCGCCGAGUUCUCAAACUUUUUCCGUGCAUCACCUAAAGCAGAAGUAGUCUACAUGUAUUUGGAUAACCAAACAAGUAGAUUUAAUCAGAUCGUGAACUUCGACUGAAAUGUUUUGGAAGUUACAAUUGAACAGAUUGCAACAAAUGUUGAUGUAGUAGUAUAACACUGUGUUUUGCCUUGUCGUAAUAGGGAUGAAUAUCUGUUUGCCAACAUGAGCAUUUUUGGAUGGAUGUUUGAAGUGGUUUGUUCUGUGUAAUAACAUUGUCAUCAUAUGUUAAGGAUUUAUACAUUUAGUUGCCUGCUCA